AUGAUCGUUCCUAAGACUCUGGUCAUUCUCGCCACAGCUCUGGCUGCCACCGCGACUACGGUCCACAACCAAUCCGGUAACCCUGGCUGGAUCCAGGACAACAAGGGUAAAGACCACUACUUGAACAACGGAGGCUCCGUUACACUUAGUGGCGGGUGGGGCUUCUUCUGGAUUGAGGACGUCUCUUGCCAAACGCAGAAUUCAGCGGCCUUUUCUUGGCCAUCUGGCUAUGGCGAUACUCAGAUUGGGACCGCGCAUCUUGACUUUGGGACCUGCUCGUGA